AUGCGCAGGCGCCAGGGGCGGGCUCAGCGGCGCGCGUGGGCGGGGCCUGCAGGAGCGCGGGAAAGAAGGCGGGCGAGCCGCGGAGAAGAGGAAGGCCACCCCUUGAACCCCGCCAAGAGCCCCAGGUUGGAAAACUCCAACCAGGAUGCCCAGAGUAACAAGUUGGACCCUUUCUGUCAUCCUGAAGAGUCAGAAGGUAGCUCAGGAUACUCAUUCUCUGCAGAGCUUUGCCCCAGCUCUCCUAAUGCAGACACUCACGUCCUCGGGCCCCUACAGCGACUGGAAAAGGAGCCUGAUCUCCCUCCUUCCCAGGUAAGCUUGGGGAGGUUUGUCCCCCAGUUCGCCAGAGCCAGGAAGACAGUAGCCAGAAAUGUGGAGGCCAGGGUGGAAGUCGCCACGAGCAAGCAUAGGCCGGGCCGGCUGGAAACUCUGUCUGAGCCAGGUGCCCAGCCAGCUAGCACCCAGUCAUUUGGGGACCCCCCAGAGCUCAACCUCCAAGAGACCGGGGUGCUGGGAGAGCAGGCCCAGGCAGAUGACCCCUGCUCCCAGCAGCCUGGCCAGAAGCUCACCACUGUGGCUGGCAGUGGUGAUUCUCUGCCAGAGUUCUGUCUCAAAGUGGAGGAGGGGCUGUGCAGCCUGGAAACAGCCGGCUUGCACCCUGUGUCAAAACCAAGGAGCGACCAUGAGCCUCCGACGCAGAGCCCUCGCGUGCCAAGUGAUGGGCAUCAGAGUGGGCGCCUGCCCGGCGGUGAUGAUGAAGAGGAACCCGAACGUGGAGCCCCCCACGAUGGGGCCGAAGCUGAUCCGCCUGGGGUGGGGCAGGAGGCAGGAGAUGGCAUCCCAGGCUCUCCAGUGGGGUCCAUUCCUGCCCUACACUCGGCCCAAGGCCUGAGCCCUCCCCCGAUAUUUACGAACACCCCACCAAUGGCCCAGGGUCCCCCUGAGCCUGGGGAGCUAAGCAGCCAGGCCGGGGGAGAAGCAGAUCAGAACUGUCCCAUGGGCUGUUCCAUGACGGAGACCCUUGUCAUGGGGAGCCUGACUCUGGAGGAGGCGGGGCCUCUGGGCUCUCCUGACAAUCAGGCCCCUGAGCCAGACAUCAGCGGGGCCCUGCGGGGCAGCGGAGGGGAGGCAGAGCGGGAGGAGCAGCCCCUCUGCGAUGCCUCAGCUCUGGGGGAUCCAGAGCCCACAGUGCAUCCUGGAGAUCCCGGCCUUGUAAUCCUGGAAGUAGGUCCACAGGUGGAUCGGACACCGGAUCCCCAAGGACCAGAAGUGAUGGGCGCACUGCCUUCCCUGGCACAGCCUGUGCCUGGAGAGCCAGCCGAGUUACCCAGCCAGUGCCAACAGCACCUCGGGGAGCUCCAUCCAUCCCCCCAAGUCUCCAGCCUGCUGAAUGACCCAGACACAGCCCAGGGCCCUCUGCAGGAGACCGCAGCCUGCUCGGGCGGCACAGACACCUCCACAGACCUGCUGGGGCCACCCCAACUCUCUCUGGUUUCUGCAAGCCAGGUCUCAUGGCCAGAAUCGCCAGCCAUGGAACUGGACUUCCUGCUGGACAGUCAGAUGCAGGAUGCCCUGGAUGUCACCGAUAUGGAACUCCCCCCUGAGCAGGGCUUUCCUGAAGGGACAACGCCGGGCCUCGAGUGGCCUGGCCCCAGCUCAUGUGCCACCAUCGGAGACCCGGUUGCAGUGAUGGAGGCGAAGCCCAGCCGGCUGAUAAUGAGCACCCACCGGGAUCUGGAAGCCUGCAAGCGCCUCAGUUCCCGCAAGGCAAAGGCACCCCAUAAAGCCAAGGGGUCUGGGGGCGCCCCCCUGGGGGAGCAGGGCUGGAGGGCGCUGUAG